AGUCCACACCGUCAAUACUGACUAGCUGACCGUAAAGCAAAACACAAACCGGUGUGUAGCUGUUAUUACCCCUUUCCACCUGCUUAUACUAGACUACCACUCCACCACUACCGGUAUUGUUGAGACAAGACGACAGAUAGAUAUCAAUAGUGGACGAUAAUGCCAUGAUGCGGCCUCUGAAAAGCUUGGUGAGGGGAUUCCUCCUUCUGAGCACCAUUAUCAUACCCGCAGUGAUCUCCUCAGACGACGAUACCAUCCCCAACCCGUACAUCGCCGGCUGCCUCCGAGAGACCCUCCCAGGCUGGACCAACGUCCGCGUCUGCGGCAGUGAUGACGAUCCAUCUCUCAUGGAACAGGGUAUCUGUCGACCCGCCGAGUUUGAAGAAUACAUGGAAAUCCGCAUCAGUGUGGCCAACUGGGAUUCUCCCGUCAUUUUGACGUGGUUAAUCCAGAUUAUCCUGUCGGAAAUUCUGGGCGUCCCCGCAUCGGUAGAAACAGGACGACCCCACCACUUGGAACAUCGCGGUCUCUACGAUCCCAUGGUAUCUCCCGUCACUACUGCUGCUAGUAGUGGCUUGGAUUAUACCAAUACCACCAGCAGCCACACGGACGUGCUGGUGGUAGCAUCGGACUUGCUACAGAAUCAAGGGACGGCCGAUUGCCGCGUGGUCAACGACGACGACAAGACCGAUGAAUAUACGGCGUGUGCGCAUGUGAUUCCCGAAUACUGGGAUGCCAACUCUUUGGAAGCGCAAGAGCUCAUUUUUGCCAACAAAAUUGAACCCGCCCAGACCACGGGCUUUUUGGGACAUGAGAGUUGGUUCGUUACCAAAUUCACGGCCGAUGACGACCCCACGUUGGUGUCCUACCGAGGCUUGAUGGGCGAAGCAAAUCGUCAAAAAAUGGCGGACAUGUUCCUACGGCCAACCACCUGGAGAGAUUACUGUCUAGAGGUAUCCCCCAACAAUUGUCGCUUGUCAGACGACGUGGCACAGAGAGCUCCCAGCACGGAGGACGAGGAUGAUCGCAUGUUUGUUCCAGGCUUGUAUACCGGUCACUUUCGUGCCACAGACGACAAUAAUUGUACACUCAACCCUACUACCUGCACGGGGCACAUUGGAAACUACCCUUGUGGUUGGACCUCUCACGUCGAGCAGUCUCUGUACCAUUUGAAUAUUCCCUUGAAGAGCGAUGGCAUGGAAGGAGUGGAUGAAACUGGCAACGGAAAGGGUGGCUACACAUCAUCACAACUCGCCGAUAUGUGGCAUGCGGCCAAUGCCACAAAAUCCAACUUGAUCAUGUUCUGGUGGACACCACAACCUCUCUACUACCGAUAUCUCGGCAGUGACGCCGAGAUGCAACGCAUUCUUCUCCCACCCGUCACGCAAGCAUGUGUCGAAGCUCGAACCACUGCCGCUGACGAAUGUAGCCUCAACCAGACGGUGCGAGCGGGAGAUCCCAAAGGCGCUUGUGAUAAUGCACCGCAUGAGUUGCACAAACUCAUUACCGGGGCGCUGCAACAAGUGAUACAAUCAGAAAAUAUCCCAGCCGCCAUUCGAUCACCAGCCUAUGAUAUGCUACGAAUCUUUCAAGUAACCGAUGCUCAGUUGGGAGAUAUUUCGCAAUUGUGGCAACAGCCGGAUAUAUCACCUCGACAAGCCGUAUGCCGUUGGGCCGCCGACAAUUUGGACAUACUGUACCAUUCCGUCCCGACGUCGUAUCCACGAGUCGCACGCCUCGACAAUGAACUCUCCGGAUUUGGGAUUGCCAUGACCGUUCUGGGAGCUAUCACGACAAUUUUGGUUCUAGUCACCGCGUUCUUUGUGUACAAGAGACGCAAUAAACUCGCCGUUCGAUACGCGCAAGUCGAGUUCGUGUGGCUAUUGCUGUGUGGAUCCUUUCUCAUUGCCAUUGGAGCCAUUCUGACCAGUCUCCCCGCCACCGACGGUACUUGUGUGGCCACUGUUUGGUUCAUUAAUAUUGGAUACACUCUGGAGUUGGUGCCCUUGAUUGUUAAAGUGGCAGCCAUCAACGAAAUGCUAAACGCAGCGAGCCGUUUGCGACGAGUCACACUCACCCACAAGUCUUUGUUUGGUGCAGUCGCGGUGAUCUCAGUGCUUUGUUGCGUUUUCUUGACUAUUUGGACUGUCCUCGAUUCACCCAACAAAAAGGCGGUUUAUGACUUGACUGGUGAAACCACAACAACCGAUGCUGGUGUUCAGGAACAUAUUGUGGGAAAAAGCUACUACUGUAGUCGUGGCGAGUCGGAUGCUUGGCAAUUUUCAGCUGUGGCGUGGAAUGCCGUAAUGCUGUUCUCUGCCACUGUACUGGCCUUUCAGACCAGGAAUGUCCAACAAUCCUUCAACGAGAGCCGGACGCUGGCCUUUUUGAUCUACUCCCACUUUGUUUUUGUAAUUUUGCGCAUCUGCACCUUCCUGUUGGUCGACAGCAUCAGUGGCACAACCUUGGACCAACUUCGGAGCCUCCUCUACAGCUUGGAUACAAUUUUCACCAUCGCAAUCUACAUUUUCCCCAAGUUGAUUGCAAAAGAUUCGGAUAUGCGACCGUCAUUGGGGAGCGCUCAUAUAUCUGGCAUGGUCGACCUUGUUCACAGUGCACAAUUCAGUAUCAAUGGGUGCGCAAGUGGAAACAGCGCCGGACCAUAUGGGGACGCGAGUAGUCUCGGCUAUGCGUCCGACCUUGACGUGAGUCCGUCCGCUGAUCCAAGUUCAAGGAAACCCGCCAAGGAGCAGGCAGGAAGAGAGGAGCCAUACACCGAGGAAGAUACAAGGAGCGAUGGGGACAAGGAAAACAACAAUCUUGGCGAAAAUGCAGCAGAUAUAGUCAUCUACGACGACGACAUCAUGGAUUCGAAAUCAUACGCUGACGACAUCAUCAAACAGGUGGACUGCUAGCUUGGAAGAAGUUAUACCUUUUUGGUGCUACUCCGGAAUCCAUCCAAACAUUCCCUUCUCCAAGUGGAUCUCCGAACCCUCCCUUGACUUGACGAGAAGUUACCAGCAGUUUGAACGGGGCACUCGCAAGAUGCAGCUAAACUUUGCGGUGCGCUGAAAAAUGCUAAAAUUCCGUGACUGGAGGUCGAGAUCUUCAAAGAUCAGGGAGUUUUGCUUGUGCUCGCCAUGGAAUGGACCAUUGCCGAGACCAUUUUUCUAGAAGCUCUCCAUGAGCACUCUUGCUGUCUUGGCCCAGCCUGAGGCUGCAUUCAGUCAAGAGUAGAGUGUCUGCUGGCACUCGAGAGAUCCAUUUAAUACCGUAGUAGAGAAUUUGUAGACAUACAUAGUACUCCAUUCUAUUUUG